AUGGGGAGUAAUACAAGUAAAUCAAACGAGGCAGCUGUUACGGUGAAAAAUGAUUUGGAUGUUUGUGAUAACCCCGAUCCGAGAUCACCUACACCUGAGAUAGCACGAACCCCAUUACAGAGCAAAACCGGCACUAAGCAUAAUAUUACGAAGAAUGUUGACCUACGAAAAACGUUUGAAAAUACAAAUGGCGAAGAGAAACUCAUACACAACAAUCCUAUCCUUUCGGCCGUUAUUAAAAACCAUUUACAAUCAUACGACCCACGAUCACCCACACAAGACUUUGAGCGUACGCCAAUUGUUAUAUCUAAAAUGGACAACCUAACAAAUGAAAAGAAGAAUAUAAGAUUACAGCAUGACAACUGUGCUAGUCCAGUCUUGAAGGCCGAUAAAGAAGAUGAGUGUGAUAUUGCCACUGAUGAUUAUGACAAAAGUCCAGAUCUGAUAGUAUCCCGAAAUCUUUGUGAGGGUUUGUUUAAUGUUACGUUAGAUGAUACUUUGAAAGAACCAGAAGAACCUCUAUGUUCUUCAACUGCAUCCAAUGAGGCAAUUGAAAACAACAUUUCAAAAGAAAUUAAAGACAAACCAUCUGCUCUAUUGGAAACUAACUUUGACUUUAUAGAAAGUGAUAAUGGCGAGUUCGAUGACAGUGAACACAAUUUACCAUUUACUGAAGUCUAUGAAAACACUGAUGAGAGUGACAUGAAAAAUAUCCCAGUAUUUAAACUCUUGAAUGAAGAUCCUCGAUCACCAUCUAUUGGUAUUGAGAGGACUCCUAUUGUAGUAGCAAAAACUGAAGAUAUCUCAAGUGAAGGUAAUGUAGAAAAUAUGUCUGAUGAUUCUCUAAUACAGGCUUUACAGAACACCAAUGCCGAAUUGCGCCAAACUGGCAAUAAAGCACUGACAAAUGGUGAAGGACUACUUGUAUAUGAAGAUGAAUCGGCAGCCAUAGAUGACACACCCAAGGUUAAAUCUGGUAGCCUGAGUGGCUCAAGAACUCCACUAUCAUGUAUGAAGAAUAAAGGAGAUGUAGGACAUACAAGGUCUAAAUCAGCUAACACCUUAUAUGACCCUAAAAAUCAACAGAAUGGGUUGUCUAGAAUCCCUAAAAGAGUAUCACAUAUCCCUAGAUUGAAAUGUUUAUCAAAACAGACAAAAUUAAUGCCGGCAAUAAGCAGUGUAUCUUUGAAGAAUAUGUCUAAAACUGCUGCAGUUAGCGGUGAUUGUGAAAAUACUCCUCCCCAUUCUCAUCGUGACAGGUGGGACAAAGAUAGCAGUAUUGUACUUUAA